AUGGACUCCAGUCAGCAACCCACCGAACCAGUUUCCUUCAUUUCCAUUGGGGCCCCAGAGCAGGCCGCCGCCACCAUGGAGCCGAGACGAGCAAUCCAGGUAUCCACCCCUGACUUGUUCCACGGAGAUCGUAGCAAGCAUCGAGCUUUUGUCGCACAAGCUGAUCUCUACUACGCUUUCAAUGGACACCUUUUCUUGACACAAAUGCAAAGGAUCUUGUGGUUAAUCUCGUUCUUCCGAGGAACUGCGUUCAAUUGGAUCGAACCCUUCUUCAAUGACCUUAUGACCAAGACAACCGACGGACAACUCAACGAGAACAUGAAACCUGAGACACGCCGCCUCUUCAAUACUUACGAGUCAUUCCGACAAGGAUUCGACAGGGCUUUCGGGGAAGUUGACCCCGAUCACAUGGCUGAGAGAGCAUUACGACAACUUAAGCAGACAGGGUCAGUUACAGCCUACACUGCUAAAUUCCAACAAUACGCCGGGCGUAUUACAUGGGAUGAUGACUACCUUAGAUCCCAGUUCUAUGAGGGACUCAAGGAUAUCAUCAAGGACGAGCUAGCUAGAGCUCCGAAACCGCCAAACCUUUCCGAGUUAAUCGAGACCUCCAUCCUAAUUGACAAUCGUUUUUAUGAACGACGAAUGGAGAAGAAGGGAAUCACUCAAGAAAGUAGAAAGUUUCCAAAACAUCAGCGCCAGAACAGAUACGAUGAUGCCGGCGAUCCAAUGGAAUUGGACGGAGCUGAACGCCACCAAAAACCAAAUGGACUUAGCGUUGAAGAGAAAAAGAGACGCAGGGAAAACAAUCUAUGCUUCACCUGUGGGAAAAGCGGACAUAUGUCUAGGGAUUGUUCCCAGAAAAAGCCUUUCGCCGCGAAGGGCAAGAAACAAGUAAGAUUUGGAACCAAGAAACUGGGAUCCCGAGAAGCGGGUUCCCUAGAGGGUAGCUUCCGAGAGAUUGGACAAUUAAUCAUAGAAGUCAACCUGGAGAACCAGGAAGUCAAGGCCCUGAUCGAUUCAGGAGCUAUGGGAAUAUUUAUGGAUCCCGACUUUGCCAAAGAGAAUGGGAUCCCCACCGAGCCAAAGGAGCACCCCUACCAGCUGACGCUGUUGGGAGGCAAGAAGGUCGGAGUAGAUGGCUGGACUUCUGGGGAGGCCGGAUACCGUGCUAUGGCAGCCACGGAUCCUCCACUGGUCGGCGAGACCGAUGCAAAAGAGAUUCCAGUGCAGUACAGAAAGUUCGCCAAGCUGUUCGAAGACCCGCAGGAUUUGAGAGCCCUGCCAGAACAUAAACCUUAG